AGAUUUUCAGGAGUAAUUCUAUCUUCAGUACAAACGUACUGCAAGCAGGCGGCGGCAGACAAGGGUGAAUAAAAAAAUUGGAAGAUAUCCAAUAGAAAUUUCACGUUACUUACAAGACAUCCUACAGCAGUCGACGAUAUAGGCAAAUAACAAACAACAACUCCAAGGCAACAUAGGCACAGCAGGCUUCAGCCGGCAAUGGAAAACCCACCGCCAUUGUGGGUCAACUCUGUUACGAUUUCAAUAUUCUAUUGCAGUCUACUUGUUGAGCUCUUCUUGUGCCGUUUCGUUUUCCUUUCUCUCAAUCUCUCUGGGAAUCUUUUGACCGUCUCCAAGCAAUGUUCUUAGUGUUCACAUUGUUUCUAGCUCUUGUAAAUUAGCCUCCAUUCUUUCUCUAAUAUGGCAUAAUUUCACUCUGAUUUUUCAACAGUUUAUGCAAAGGAAUGUACAUGGAUUUCAGUGUUAUACCAAGAGGUAAAAUAACUUAACUGCUAAUAUCAAAACACUUGGUCAAUCAACUUACCGAUCUGUGCAACGUUAGAAGAUUUUAUAAAAUAUCAUCAUCAACUAGGACAGGCUUGUUGUACUUAUCAGAAGAAGAAGAAGAAGAAAACUUGUAUAAAAGGUUUAUGUCAAUCCAUGUUUGGUCACUAACAUUGUCCAAGUAAACACUUAAGGUUUAUAUUUUGUAGCUGACUGUUAGCCUGAGGACAACACAACCAGCUUGUUCAUCCGGGCCCCUUUUAGCAACAAGAGAUCACACCAUCUUUUUCUGAAGAGGCAAAUGGCUUCUUUCUCAGUGGAGGAUUUUGUAGGUAACGGAGUUCUGAAGGACUUGCUUCCAACGUUGUUGAAAGAAGGUUGGGAUGAUGUACCAACUUUGAAGAUUAUGAAUGAAGAGGAUACGGAUGCAAUGAACAUGACACAACAGCAAAAGGAUGCAUUGGAAAUCAGGUCAUACCUGCAUGAUCGUGCUCUACUGCAAUAUGGGGAUAAGCUGGAGGCCUCUGGGAAAUGUUUGCCCGAGCUUCUUAGCAUAAGCACUGUGGAUCUCUCCUCUCAGUUUGGGAUGAAGAGAGGUCACAUAGCUCGUUUCGUGGACAGAACCAGUGCAUGUGCAGAUCCUUUGCUCAAAUCAUACGCUCCUUUCACUGCAAGGAACAUGAACAGCAUAGCCUCCAGAAAAAAUAGCAAUUUCAAGAGUUAUGCAUCUGUCAACUCAAGGAAGAUGCAAGCCAGUAGUAGUAUGAAUCAUGAUAAACCACUUGAACAAUCACUCGCUGAUUUUAAGAUUAAAGAUGAUCACAUCUUUAAAGGGAUUGUAGCUGCAGGGCCAGCUGAGCCCAGAGCAUGUGGCUGUGUACAACCGCCUCCUAUAGUUGACAGUGUUGCCCCUUAUUCUGCUAUUGAAAACAUCUCAGUUGAGAAACUAACACCAGAGUAUAAGAUUGGGAUGGAGCGUCUGGUGAAAACCAAGACACCUCCAAUGAAGGCUUCAGAAUUAUGGCAAGAUAAACCAGCAGUAAUCCUUUGCAUCAGGCGACCUGGGUGCAUCAUGUGCAGGGCUGAGGCUCACCAGCUUUAUGUCAAAAAACCCAUAUUUGAUGCACUGGGAAUUCGACUAUUUGCAGUUCUCCAUGAACAUAUUGAGUCAGAGGUCAAAAACUUCUGGCCUCGAUAUUGGGGUGGUGUUGUGCUCUUUGAUAGGAGUAUGAAGUUCUUCAAAGCUCUUGGAGGUGGGCAGCUACUUAAGGACAGUUUUAUUUCAGGAUUUAUUUUCAAUCCCCGAGCUAUUGCAAAUUACAAGCGUGCAAAAGCUACAGGAAGUGAGCAAAACUUCAAAGGAGAAGGUGAAAUAAAGGGUGGACUCCUUAUAGUUGGCAGGGAAAAGAGUGGCAUAGCUUAUCAGUUCAUUGAGAGGAACUUUGGUGAUUGGGCUCCUCUAGCUGAAGUAAUUGACAUAUGUAGCAAGUUGCAGAACCAGCAGCAAACUCGAGGAGUCCAUCAAAACAUCACAGCAAUAUGAAUGAAGUCUGUGUCCUCAUCAUCCAUGUGUUCUUCAGAUUCACCUCUUGUAUAUUUAUACUCAUAAUUCCAAAAUGGAAAAUACUCCCUUUUCUUUUCGAUUUCA